AUGACGGCCGUCCUUAACCGGUAUCGAUGCUUGAAAGGGAAAUCAGAUCGUCCCCCGAGCGUGUCGCUUUUCCUGAAGCCCGUCGACCAAGAUGCUCCCAGCCGGAACACGAGCAAUUCUCUAUCCGUCCCUUCGGGAGGAUUCGGUCUGGAGGUCGAUGAUGUUGAUGGUGGAGUUCCUGUUUGUUGCUUCUCGCGCAGUUCCUGGCAUGUAGCCGACCGGGACAUGCCGGGGAUGCCGGUCCUGUUCCAUGAUCGAUCGCAGGUGAAACGCGCCAAGCCACGCGCGAUAGAAGGUUGUUGGUCGACGACAAACCGGAGCUCGAGAUCGAUCAGGCAAUACGAGGCAGAGUUCGAACAACUAUGGAGAAAGGUCCACUCUUUGGAAAGCGAAUUAGCAGAUUUGGCUGGAGACAGAGGUUCAAAGCCAUCGAGGACGCUCAGAAAAACAACGAAGCGGCUGGACAGGAUAACACUCUCUUUCUUGCUCGAGCUCAAGCCCGCCGAGACUGAGCCGUCUAUCAUCAGUCAUACUACGAAGAUCGACGGUAUCGCUGAGACAGAGGCGUUGCAGGACGAGCCUAUCGCGAUCCCCUUCUUUGAACCUGAACCGUACCGAAGCGUUCCGAGGUCGAUGUCGUCGUCGAGUCUCCUUCCCGGAUCCGAAUCCCUUGGCACCAUUCCCCUCAACGGUUCCGCCCCUGAUGCCGCCUCAGGCUCCGUGUACCAACAUUCCUCAUCCUCGACAAGCCCCGCUUCCACUCAUCAUCACCCCGGCCAAUCGGAUCUCAGCCCCGGUCUCGAUUCCGAUACUGCUAGGCUCGCUGCGAGAUCGACUGCAGUAGCGGGAUCGACCAUCAAUGAGACCACCUAUCAGAAUACUAGAUCCACUCCCCUCUCCAGUUCGACCAGAUCUUCGGAUGACAAUAUCCUCCUUGCCGUCCCAGGACCAUCUGUCAGUCCGGCCACCCCUCUCGACUCCUUCGAGUCCAUCAGCACCAAUCUCCACUCCUCCGGGACUCUUUCCCCUAUCAGAGAGCUUGACGAGGACGACAUCGAAGCCCAGGAGAAUGCUAUCAUGGAGAGAGAAGAACGAGAGCAGAGGGACGAACGCGAGAGGGAGACUAGCCAAGAAAUCAGGGAGGGUCAUCAGGCUGCUCAUCAAGGGCAUCGUGGAAGGGGGCUAAAGAAGAGGCCGGCUGGCGAACAUGGGGAAGACUCGCACCAGAACAAGAAAUCGCUCUGUUCAUGCGAAACACUCCUCGACAGUGCGACCAUUGCCUUGAAGCGAUAUGGCGAUCAAGCAGAAACCGAUGUAUUCAACCGAGAGCAUUUCGAGACCAGCAUCCGACCACUCGGGUCCGACCUCUGCACAUCAUCAAGCUCGACCUUCCUAUGUGCCAUCUUGAACAUCCAGAACCCAACACUCAUCAGCAGCACGCUUUAUAUCUCUACGAGAAAGCGACUCGUCGUCUCGCACACCGAGACGGCUGUGACGGAGACUUUAUACAGUAUAGAGACUAUACUAUACACCCGAUCCCGAGCGGUAGAUCGUAUUCCAUGGGUGACUUUGGCCUGCGCUUGUGACCUGAUCGAUGAUUUUGAUCUGUAUUGA